GGAUCCUCAAACUUGGGAGCACUCCUGUCUUUAAUCUCAAGGUCGAGUCCAAUGUAUUUAAUGAAACAACUUAAAAAAGAACUUCAGGGUGAGCUUUGUAAAGUGUAGAUAAAGUGUUUCGAGUGGCAUACUUAAAAGGAGUACUUUGAAAAUGAUGUUAGAUUGAUUAUCUGGAGUAUUUAAAUCUGUGGUUGCAAUUCUCUAAAGAAAAUCCUGUAAUUUGCUCUAUAAAGAGUACAAAAAGGCAAGGUAAACAACCAUCUUGAACUUUCUUGGUGCGUGCACUUAGAGUUCUUACGCAAAAGUUUCUAUACGCUUAUGGACGUUGUCUGCUCUGAGAUGAUGCUCUGCAAGGCUCUUCAAAACAUAACGAUCUUUUCUCGAUGCGACAUGCAGGGUGUUGUGGUGUAGGGAGGCAAAAAAAUAAUCAGGAAUUAAAAUUGUACGACAUGGAUGAUAUAGACACAGUGAAGAAACUAUUAGUUUCCCUCAACCAUGGAGUGGACGAAAUUGAGACCAAGCUCAAGUCUGGAAUGCUCUCUAGGAGCUUGCUAAAUCAUAUUCAAGGUGCCAAAACUCCGCUCGAAAAAGUUGACCUAUACAAUAAUUAUGCGUACGUGAUCGCUUCUCUUUACUUUGUGCUGUUGAAGACUAGUGGUGAGAAUAAGAAGAAUGAACACCCCAUAAUGCAAGAGCUCAACCGCGUGAAACUUUAUAUCGAGCGAGCGAAAAAAGCAGCUACCAAAGAAGAGAAUACAGAAGAGUUCAAAAGGAAAGUUGCAGAGGCCGCUGAGCGCCACGUGCGAAAUCAACUUGGUGAGAAGAUAGAGCCAGCAGUGAGCAAGUUGCAUUUCGAGGGCAAGCACACGAUAUUCGGAGACAAAGAAGACAAGGAACCCGAGAAAAGUACGAAGAAGCGCAAGACCGACUCCGACGACUCGAAAGACUUGAAAAAGUCCAAGACAAAACACAAGAAGUCAAAGGAGAGUAAGAGCAAGAAGUGAACCUGAACUCUCAUUCAUCGUCAUUUAGCUUUCACGUAAAUAAACUCUAGAACCGGGUAAUUGGAGAUUUCAUCAAACUUACUUAAUCCGUGAAUUUCCUGUUGCGGCAAGAUAUAGGCUUUCUAGUGAGCAGCAAGAAAUAAAUAUUUAGCUCACAAGUGAUACCCCAUUCGUUCUCUGUGAUACUUGGUGAUGUUCCAAUAUUGUAGAGAUCUUGUGUCGAGGCACAAGAAAAAGCUUCUUUUUGGCACGGGAGUGAUCGCUGUUUCUUACGCGGUCAGCUCGUUCGUGAGCAACAAGCUAGCGGAGUUGAAUGAACGGUUAAAGGAGGAGAAUUUUGCCAAAGAACAAAUUAAAAGGCGUUUCAAACAGACACAGAAUGACUGUUACAUGACGUUCCUAUCUUUGCUACCCGUUUUGACAGAGCCAAUCUAUGAGGCACUGAAGGUGGAGGAGAUAACUAGAGAAUUGCAAAACAAGCGAUUCGAAAGACAAAAGGCGAAAAAUGCUCCUGUUGGAAAUAGCACUGAUCCAGCGUUGUCAACAGUUCUCAGCGAUGAUUUUUCUGUACAUAACGAAAAGGAGAAUCCCAUGCAUACUGGUGUACAGCAGACAAAAUCAAAGACACAACUGUGGAACGAACUUCGGAAUCAAAGCAUCACGCGUUUUUUGACGCUCCUCUACUGCGAAUCAUUGCUUAUAGUGUUUCUGCACUUGCAAUUAAACAUUCUUUCUAGGCGCUCAUAUCUGGAAACUGCGAUCAAGCUGGCGUCCAAGACGAAAGGAAUUAAACUCGAGAACGAGUCCAAUGUGGAUCUGGACCCAGCAAACCUAUUCCUCGAGAACGACGAGGAGCUUGCCAUGGGCUCUAGCAGACAGGACGAGAAUCUUGCUGAGCAGGCCUUUUUGUCUUACAGUUGGUGGCUUUUGAACAAAGGAUGGAUUGACAUCAAAAACCAGGUGGAGUCCAGUGUCGAAGACAUCUUUGGAGAUAUCAACCCUCGACAAGAACUUUCGAUCGAAGAGUUUGCGACCCUAAUCAACAAGACACAGCAGAUAAUUGAUAAACAAAUCUACGCGGAAAAAGAAAGCGAGCCUUUGACAGCACCAGGGCAUUCAAGCUCAACUGUGAUCACAUCUUUACUCCCGCCGGCAAACAUGGAGCUCUUCUUGUUGCAGCAAACAAAUGACAUGGAAUUCCUUACCAACUUCAACAAUAACAUACAAAACUCGGAAAACGUUAGCAAGCUGCUAAAUGAACUGAAGGGAUAUUUAAUGAAUGACCAGGUCAGCGCGAUCAUUAGUCUUCUGGUGACGGUGGGGAUUUCCAAGGUUUUGGACAACAUUGUUGUGAACCUCAUGAAUAAACAGAAAAACCCGGAUCAGGAGGAACAGGUGCCUACCGAGAUACCCAAGGUGAAGUUGGCUUCGUUAUUGGCAUCUAUCACAAAACAAUCCAACCAGCUAACCAACAACUCUCUCGACAAUGAAGUCCUCUACACUCUUAAUAAUCUACAAGAGCUAGACGACCUGAGUGCUAGUGUCUACUCUAAUUUCGAUGCUUGAUGAUUGGCAGCAUGUAUACUGAUUAGGUAAACCUGAAAAAAACCCAACCGAGGUACUUUAUCGGUUUUAAAUCACGCGACUUCGGGCUAAAACAUACAUCGCGUUCCUUGUCGACUGAAUAUAGAGCAUACCUCUUAACGGCU